AUGACGCCCACGUACACCACGCUAGACGCCUCAACACUGGAGGCGUGGCGGGCGUGUGACGACUGUGCGGCCGCAGUGAGCCAGCACUUGGCCAAAGGCGGCGGCGGCGACGACGUCCUUCCGGCGGUCGUCGACCUGACAUGGGCUGUGGCUGCUGGCGAGGUCGACGGAGCUAUGGUGGCUGCAGCAGUGCUCGCCGCGGGCGCGGUCGAGCUCCUGCUCGACGCUCUGUGGAUGGUCUCGCUGGCGCUGGCGGUCUCCGCCGAGGCCGAGGCCAAGGCCAAGAGCCUGGCUGCGCUGGGUGCGACUGUGGCGGCGCUAGCAGCGGCCGACGACGGCGCGCCCGAGUUGUCUGAUCUCAAGAUCCGCUUGCCGGAGGACGUGCUGGCGGCGGCCAAGCUCAUUCCGUCGGCGCGUGUCUUUGCCAGGCGCGAGGUGAUGGCCAAGACGCGCCGGUACUACACGCAGUGCAAGUACAACCUGCUCCGGGAAGAGUCUGAGGGCUACGCCAAGGUGGUGACGUUGCUCAACUCGCCGCACCCGGACGGCGUGGCCGGCAAGCGCAAGCACCUCAACUCGCUCGUCGGCUACUUUUCGCUCGACCCCAAUCGGGUGCUGGACCUCGUCUUGGAGGCUGCCGAGAUCGGCGCCGCCGACGAGGCUGCCGACGCCCUCGCUCUGCUUGAUACUUCGCAGGCUAGUGCCAUUGCCCAGGUGCUCGGUUUCAAGUUCCAGACCUACGCCGCCGGCAAGACCGAGCUCGGCGACGUCGCGCCCGACUCGCUCUACGACCUCGCCGCCACGCUCCUGCGCGCAGGCACCAUCACGCUUGGCGCCCUUGACCCGCAUCUCUCGCCGUCGCUCUCCGACGGCUCACGUGCUGCUGAAGAGGCCUCGGACCGCAUCCGGACCGCAGCCUCCAAGAUGUCGGUCGUCUCGCUCUCGGCCACCGCUGCAGAGGCUGCUGCUGCGCGGGCCGAACUCACCGCCUCGGUCCUCUCGCUUCAGCCACGGGAGACGAACCAGCGGAUCGGGCUCUGCCUUGCUCUCCUCCGCAACGCGCCUUGGUCGCUAGCCAAUGGCUACAUGCACUCGAUUGCGGCGCUCAACCCUGUUGCCGACCCGCGCGUUGCUGCUGCGCUGGUCAAUAUCAUUACUCCCCAGAUCAACCCGUACUACCACUCGGUGGCGGCGGCAGCCUCGCCGUACGCGGCCAUUAUCUACAACUCGGGCGUCGGCCCGUCGCUCGCCGAGCGGCUGGCGAGUGCCUCGAUCACCACUCUUGACGAGCUGCUGAGUGAGUCUAACGUGGUCCAGGCCCUCGAGUGGCUCUCCCUCUACCUUUACACCGACGUCAAGCUCUUUGCCAAGAUGGUGCGGCUCUGCGGCGCGGCGCUGAGCAAGGGCGGGAUUGGCGACGAUGCUACCGCCCAGAUCCUGGACCUCAUUAGCGGCGUCCUCCUCCCUGCCUUUUCUCUCCUUCCUGCCAAUCCGGGCCUUGCCGCCGACGUCUUUGGCAUGCUGGGCCACCUCGGCUACACCCGUCGCUUUGAGAUCUACGCGCGGUGGUCGGCACAUGCCUACGAUGCGCACCCGCUGCUCACGUUUGUGCGGGCCAAGGUCGAGUUUGAGACUCGCGGCGUGCUGCGCCGGCUCUCCGCCGAGAACACCAAGCAGUACGGGCGGGUGCUGGGCAAGCUCUCGCACGGCAAUCCGCUUGUUGUGGUCGAGACGUUGUUUGGCCAACUCAAGACGUACGACAACAUGAUCGAGCCUGUUGUUGAAGCGCUCAAGUACCUUACGCCGCUCUCGUUUGAUGUUGCCUCGUACGCCAUUGUGGGUGCGCUUGCCGACCCGAGCGCAUCGCGGCUCAAGGACGACGGCUCGACGGUCUCGGACUGGCUGCAGGCCAUGGCCAAGCUCUCUGGCCUGUUGGCGCGCAAGUACUCGCGGCUCUGUCUCCCUGCGCUCCUGCAGUACAUUGCCAACCAGCUCAAAGCCGGCUCGCCGUUUGACCUGCUUGUGCUCAAAGAGCUAGUCUCGAACAUGACCGGCAUCGAGGUUGUGGAGGAGAUGACGGCGUCGCAGCUGGGCGCGCUCGCCGGUGGGGCGACGCUCCGUGCCCUCGGUUCGACCUUUUCGUCUGCGGCCGGCGAUCCGGGUGCCCAGGCUGCGGCGCAGGUAGCUGCGGCGCAGCUGACCGAGCGGGCGACGCACCGGCUGGAACGUGCGCUGAGCACGGCGGACCUACUUGUCCCCUUUCUCAUUCUCAUUGCGCAGCAAAAGUCUGCCAUCAUCUUCGAGUCGGGCCUCUCGGCGCUCAAGCCGAUCGGCGCCCUCUUUGACGCUUGUCACGAAACCUUUGUGCAGUACGUUGAGUUUCUGCGCGUCAACGUCCCGGCCGGCACUCUCGCCAAGCAGCUGCCGCCGCCGGACGUCGGCGUCGCCAAGUACGCGCUGGAUGUGGCGACCGCGUUUUUCCUCGCUCGCCUCGGCUCGACGCCGUUUGCCACCCCGGCGUCGGUUGUCGACGCCCGCGCCGCCGCGCUCGCCAAGCGCGACGACCCAAAGGCCGACAAGAAGACCAAGGCCACCGUCGCGCCGUUCUGGUCCUCGCUCGAGGUUGUGACCGACGAGGCUGCGAGCAAGACACUUGCGCAGCGUGUCGACGCCGCCACUACUCUGCUGCCUCCUAGCGAGGCCGCGCAACUCUCGCCGGCGCUCUUUGCUGCCUUUUGGUCGCUCGAGCUGUACGACCUGUGCGUGCCGGCGGUCGAGUACGCAGCCGAAAAGGCCAAGAUCGAGGCCUCGAUCUCGGCGCUCACCGCCGAGCAGGCGGCCAGGAACAACCGGCUGCCGCGGUCGAAGCGGCGCAACCUCCUGAGGUACUCCAAGAUGCUGCUCGACCUCAAGGCCGAGAUGCGGGUGCAGAAGGACCACGUGGCGUACGUCCGCAAGGUUCUCGCCACCGAGGCCUCGACCUGGUUUGCCAGUGCCGAGUCGGCUGCCGGCGCCGCCUCGCUCUUUGUUCACCGCUGUGUCUACCCGCGCGCUCCAUUCUCCCACCUCGACGCCCAGUUCUGCGCCACCUUUGUGGAGGCGCUGAUCCAGCUCGCGCCGCCGGGCUUUGUCCUCGCCCGCUACCUCCACGCCCUCUUUGCCAACGUCAAGCAGUGGGUCUUUGCUGCGUCGACCAACGAGGCCGGGCGUGUGGCGCGGCUGCUCGCGUCGUCGCUCGCACUCCUCGCCCGCUACAAGGAGUCGCCCGGCGUCGACGCGUCGUCGGCCGUCCUUGCCGUCCCGCCGCUCGAUGGCGAGCUUCCGCCUGUGCCCGUUGCGUCGCUCAACGACGCCACGCUCGCCCACAACUGGCGUGCCUUUGCUCUCAAGUGCCACCUUGCGCUUGGCCACCAGUUUACUGCCCUCCUCUCCUCGCCAGAGCACAUGGCUGUCCGCAACGCUCUCGUCGUCCUCACCAAAAUUGAGGACCACUUUCCGGUCGUCGUCUCGUCGAACGCCGCACUGCUCAAGGCGGCGUCGGCGGUCCUCGCCAAGUGCAAGGCCCAGUCCAAGGCCAACCCUGGCGCCCCGCGCUCCGACCUCGAGCUCCUCUCGCUCCGCUACGAGAACGCGCUCAAGAAAAAGGCCACCAGCGGCGUCCUCUUUGAUGCGGCCAGCUAUGCUGGCGCUGCCAACCCGGCGCCUGUCGAUGUCGUCGCCUCGGCCUCGGGCACGUCCCGCAAGCGCGGUCGCAACUCCGACCACGAGCCCGACCGGCAGCCCUCGCGCCACAGCCGCAGCGAGCCGGCUGGAGCCCACAGGGCCAAGCGCCAGGCCAAUUCCCGGACUCGUGCGGCUGCCGCCAAGGCCGACCCGCCGGCCAAGGCCGACCCGCCGGCCAAGGCCGACCCGCCAGCCAAGGCCGACCCGCCGGCCAAGGUCGACCCGCCGGCCAAGGCCGACCCGCCGGCCAAGGUCAAGACGUCCAAGUCAAAGACGUCCAAGUCGAAGACGUCCAAUUCCAAGCCAGCGUCCAAACCGGCGCCCAAGUCAUCCAAGUCGGCGCCCAAGUCGAGCAAGCCUGGCUCCAAGUCCAAGUCCAAGGCAGCACCUGCCAAGGCCGCGCCGUCCAAGCACGAGCUCGAGCUCGAGGCAAAGCGCCAGGCCGCCAUGGAGGCGAUGCGUGAGAAGCAGCGCGCGCUCGAGGCCAAUCGCAAGGGUGGCAACGGGCCGGCUGAUCGCGGAAGCGAUCGUGGCGGCGACCGGGGCGGCGACCGCGGAGCUCGCGACCGCGACCGUGCUGUCCGCGACCGCGACCGCGACCGCGACCGCGACCGUGGUGGACGGCCUGGCGGACGGCCAUCCGAUCGCGGGAGCGAUCGCGCAAGCGACCGUGGAAGCGACCGCGGGAGCGACCGUGGUGCCAGUGAUCGCAACCGCCGCCUCGGUGGCCGCCUAGCCGAUCGCAUCGGCGGCGGCUCUGGCCCCCCGAGCCGUGCCAACAGCGGCUCACCGGCACCGAGGGCCGAAGACGCCGCGGCCAACCGCAAGCGCGGCCGCGACGACCGUGACCGCGGAGGCGACCGUGGAGGCGACCGUGGCGGGUACCGCGGAGGCGACCGCGGAGGUGACCGCGGGGGCGACCGUGGAGGUGACCGCGGAGGCGACCGCGGAGGCGACCGCGGCAAAAACCGUCCGUCGCGGCCAGGCGACCGCAACAGUGGCGGCCCGCCGAACAAGCGUCAGAAGCGUCGUUGA